UUUAUAUCUUGAAAGUGUUAGAGAAAAGGUGAAUUAAAUUAAAAAAAAAAUGAAAACGAAAACUCGCUUAGAACCACCGGAUGGAGGUUGGGGUAUUCUGGUGUGCAUAGGCAUGGCCAUGCCAUUUGUUAGUGGUUUAGCAGCUUUGCCUUCGUUUGGUUUGGUUUUUGGUGAUUUCCUGAAGAGCAUUGGCGCCGAAACGAGUGCAAUUGGCUUCAUAACUAGUGCCUUUUUCUGUGCAUUUAGUUUUGCGGGUUUAUUUUCCGGAUCUUUAUUUAAUCGCUUUGGUUUACGCGCGGUGGGUUUAUUCGGGGGCUCCUUGUAUUUUAUUGGUUGCCUUCUGCAGAUAUUCGUAACCUCCACUGUUACUCUGAUAUUGGCUUUUAGUCUUACACAAGGAAUAGGUUUUGGCCUGAUGGUACCUACCUCUUAUACGACUUUUAAUAAUUAUUUUGUCAAGAAACGAAUAAUGUGGAUGAGUUUUGCCCAGUCAUUGAUAGGUGUUGGUUCCAUGUUUUAUCCCGUGUUAAUGCAAAAGCUAUUAGAAACUUAUGGUUUUAGAGGCUGCUUGAUGGUUUUGGCCGCCAUAAAUUCUCAUGCGGUGUUGGGCAUGUUAUUAAUGCAACCAGUGGAAUGGCAUAUGCGUAAAGUGGAUAUAGAAGAUGAAGAAAUUCAGGAAAUUGAUAAUACUUUGGAGCUUAAUGUAGUAACUCCGAAAAAAAGAUCUGUUGAACACGAUAACAGCCCAGCAGAGGAAAUAUCGAACAGCCAUGAAGAUGAUUCAGAUCAUCUUUCGCCCCUAAUGUAUAACCGAAAGAGUUCACAGAAAUUAUCUCGCGAAAUGUUGGAGAAAAUUUCAAGUCGUUGUUCGAGUAUAACGAGUCUUGGUAAUUGGACGGGUCCAAUAGUUGUAUCAGAUGCCUCACCAGAAAUGUCAAAUGUAAUUGGAUCUCGCAGACCUUCUACCAUAGUUCCCGCUCAGGAAUGCCAGUCAUGUGGUAAAGAUGAGCGUUCAAUGUGUCAAAUUAUAGUAGACUUUUUAGAUUUGACACUAUUGAAGAAACCCAUCUAUGUGAACAUAGUUUUGGGUAUAUCAUUUGCUUUGUACUCGGAUAUUGCCUUCUUUACAUUGCAACCCUUGUACAUGUUUGAAUUGGGUUUUAAUAAGCCAGAUACUGCUAAUAUUAUAGCAAUUGGUGCUGCCGCAGAUUUAGGUUCUCGUAUAUUUUUAGCAUUUUUAGCGGUCUUCAUACAAAUGCCUUCGAGAUAUAUAUAUCUGGCGGGAUCAUUCUUUACUGUUAUAUCAAGAUUUGUUUUUCUAAAUGCUUUUGAUUUCAAAAGUAUGUCAAUUAUAACCGCCGUAAUGGGAUUUUUACGUACUUGGAUACACGUACCGCUGCCAUUAAUAUUUGCUGAAUAUUUGCCAAAAGAAAGAUUUGCCAGUGGCUAUGGCCUGUUUAUGUUUCUACAGGGGAAUAUUAUGUUUGCCAUAGGUCCAGUGGUUGGUUAUUUACGAGAUAUGACACAGGAUUAUAUAUUAACAUUUCAUUGUCUGAACUUUUUCAUGGCCUUGUGUGCAUUUCCCUGGAUUCUUGAAAUUAUAUUUGUUAAGUUUCGCAGACGUACAAAAAUUAAUACUACUGUAGAGACUACAGCAAUAUAAUUAAAAAUAAAUAAAAAGUUUAAAAACUAUAAAAUAAA